UGUGACUGUUCUGGGCUAUGAAGGUAAAAUGCACGUAAUAACCAAAAGCUGUGUCCUGUUUUUAUGGAUUCAAACACUGACACUAGUAAAGAGUCAAGCCCGUCAGUGCCAAGUGAUUCAUGUGGAUGACAACGUUCUGGUGACAGGGGACCCAGAAGAAGCGACCUAUGGAAAUGUGUUGGGAUUUAGGUGCAAGUCCAACACACAUGUUCUAAUGGGUUCACCAGAGAUAUAUUGUGACGAAAAUGGAGAGUGGAGCAGCAAAGAGCCAACAUGUGAAGAGAUCAAAUGUUCAGUACCUGUGAUUGAUAAUGGACGCAUAACUGGAGAUUUGCGAGAUUACAACGAAAAUGAAGUCCUGCAUUUUGUUUGUCAUACAAAUUACCAAAAACAGAGCGAAAUACUUUCAAAAUGCAUAAAACUGGGAAAUUCAGCUGCGUUUAGCCCUGCACCUGUCUGUGAACCAACAAAAUGUAAACUCCCCACCCAUCUUAGAGGAUCCAGUUACGACCCUGAAUACACAACUGUGUUCUCACCUGGUGAGAGAGUCACAGUCAAUUGUGGUGACAAGUAUUAUAUUACUACACCUCUGAUCACGUCAGCCACAUCUACAUGUAUGGAUGAUGGAAACUGGGAUAUCACACCUUUAUGCCAAGAGGUCAGAUGCAGAAGUGAAAAAGGCCUGAAUGUGAAUUAUUGGGGUGUCAGAUGGAACCACAUACUAAGACUGGAUGACACUGUAAGUUAUAACUGUCAGAUUGGAUACAGGGCAAAAUCCAACCAAGCCACAUGCACCAGAGAUGGAUGGACUCCGGAACCACUUUGUGAAGCAAGACCAUGCACAAAAAAGAUGGUCUUGAAUGCAAACAUAGUGAGCAACGAUAAGGAGUCAUACAUUUAUGAUGAAAGGGUCAGGUAUGUCUGCAAGGAUGGAUAUGAAGGAGAAUUUACUCUCACCUGUAUGGGAAAUCGGUGGUACGGAAAUGCACAAUGUACAGUGAAAAGGUGUCAACAAAUGGACAUCCCAGGUGCAUAUAUUAUCCAGAAUAACAGGAGAAUUUACGACCAUGACCAACAAGUCAUAUAUAGAUGCCAAGAAGAUCCUUACCAACAGAUUACUGUUACCUGUCAAAAAGGUGAAUGGACUGGGGUUCAGAGCUGUCAAGGAUGUCCAAAAAUUGAAAUUGCAAAUGGAUUUGUUGUUGCUGAAGAAGAUGACAAAGCGUACUACACCUGCUAUGAUGGUUAUAAACUUUUCACCAAUGGCUGGUGGGGCGAAGCCAUAUGCAUAAGCAAACGGUGGACUGGACUUGAAGACUGCAUUGAGAACAGUCAGUGCGGAGAGCCUCCUGUGAUUCCCAAUGGAAGGGUCACACCUCAAGGCACUAGAACUCGACAAACCCUCUGGCUUGAUUGUGACAAUGGAUUCGAUGCUCAGGUUCAAAGAUUGACCUGCGAAGGGGGAAACUGGUAUUUUGGUGGAUUAUCACCUGAGACACUGUGUAUCCAUUCCAUCAAACCCUGCAACCCGCCACCUAGAGUUGCGAAUGCAGUAAUCAUGGCGUCUUUUCAAAAGCAAUACUUGUCUGGCUCUGAAGUAGUUUAUGUGUGCCGUGAGGAGUACAGAGCUGAGGGAGACGACAGGAUUCAAUGCAUAGAUGGCCAGUGGGAACAGAAGAACUUCAUAUGUACACCAUCCGCCAGUCCCCAAGCUCUCACACCUUCCACAGCUCUCCCACCUGUCCCAGAUCCCAAAGUUCUCCCAGCUGUCCCAGAUCCCACCAUGGAGCAAGACUAAUUGUUAGAGUUCCACAGAAGUAUCAAUAAAAACAUCAGAAAUGUAUAUUUUUAGGUAACUUGUUGCAUGUGGUGUUGUUUGGACAGAAAAGAGAGAAAGAGAAGAUGGGUCUGCAUUAUUUUUGUGAAGUAGCUUUCUUAUACUGCAACCUUAUUGUGUUCCAGUAAAUAUGAAUAUGCUGUUGAAUAUAAGAAGGACAUUGCUGUGUCUUUAAUUGUGUUGUCUUCUUUUAUUUCUAAAAAUAAAGCCUAUAAUGAAAGGGUUCUGUACAACAAGAGUGUGUUAGUGCAAUAUUGUAAUAUAGUUUUUUAAAAGCAGCAUUUUGUUGGUGCAGUUUUUAAAGAUUUUGCUUUGACUAUUGGCUUCCAAACCUCAGCUUCAUCAUGUCGCAAAAUUUCUCUUUGGCAGGGGUCUCUCUUAAACAAGUGGUAUUAAGUUUACUUUCAUGGAUCAGCU